AUUUCAUCACGACUUUACCUCUUUCUGUGCAUGAUGAUGUUUGUAAGCGUGUUGCUCCAAAACGGAAGGGGAAGGCAUUCAUCCAGAUUUGGGGAAACAGUAUGUGGAAAUAGUACCAGUCCUUACAAAUAUUUUGCACUCCAUUAAUCCUUUAAGCAGUUAACGUUGUGGACACAUUGCAAGCGUUAAUUGGGCUAGUUGACAUGUCAGGGUAACCUGUUGCAAUCGUUACAGUGAGAAGAUGCUUAAAAAUAGAAUGAACUUUUUUCUGUGAGCAAGUUAAACAUCCUGUUGUUUAAAUAUUUAAACGUCUUCUGAGGACACGGUCAGUAUUUCGCUCUCAGCGAUUGCAAGGUUUAGAGGUAGAGGAAAGGAGAGAAAACAGAAUGUUUCACUUUCCCACUUGCGCUUGGAAAAUGGUUACCUUGACUGCAGGCAUUCUUCUGCUGUCUCUCAAUGCCAUGCCUUACCAAGCACAGUGACAGAGCCUCCAGUGGGAGCUCUGAUUGUCAGAACCCAAGUGGCACGGACUGCUCGUGGUACAGUAGAUGCUUGAGGAUUCCAGUGUCGUGCGAUGUGGAGUCUGGCGGCAACAUCACGGCCAAAGUCGAGAAGCUAUGCAGCUCUUCCAGACAGAGUUACACUCGCUUUUCUUCCAGAGGCAAGGACUGGGUCAACACAAUGCUGAAAUGCUCACAGGAAAGACUGGUUCCCACGCUUCAACAAACGCCAUCUUGCCGUGUCUUGAGAGUGAGGAGUGUUACAACUUUUGUCUCAUGCUGUAUGUCGCCCAGUGCCCAAGCUCCGGGCCUUUGUGAUCUGCCCAUUGAGGACCUGAGACUAAUCAAAGACAUCGUCUUCAGCAGCUUGGAUUUGGAGGUCCUGAGUAACUUGGCGCAGGAAAUAAAAGUUCCACUUUCCAGAGGGUGCCUUGAAAAACUGCUUCAGCUCCUGUAAACCUUGAAAAGAGUUUUUCUAACAGCUGCACACGGAAAUAUCUCAUUUUUUGUCUUUAGAGUCCUUUAAAAUAUUACUCAUGCCUAUGAAUAUUUUGAGUUGUGCUUAAUUUAUUUAAAUCGAUAAUCAAUUCCACAAUUUAGGCUUUGAAUGAUUUUUUUUUCUUUUGUAUUUAGGUUAUUAUAAAGAAAUAAACGAAAUUAUCAAUGCUCCCAUAGUACGUGGGUCUUUAAGUAUGUUUUUUUCGACUCAGCAUUUUGAAAGAAAACAAUAGUAAGUGAGAUACGAUAUAGACUUUGGUGAAAGUUGAACAAGGGUGGAAAAGGACGGUAAGGAAUGGCAAAAAAUAUCAGGCCAUACAGUAUUGAAACAUUCCGGAGAGUUUUAGCUUUUACAGGUAGAGCACACUUCAGGUAGAGGUCUAUCAUGACUAGACAGUGGUAUUUAAUACAAUAAAUCAGUGUUGUACAUGA